AUGGACGUGGUUGAAAUAACAGCUGCGGCUGCAUUGUGUGCAUACAGUUAUCAUAAUUUUCUAAAUUUAAGCCACUCAAAAAAAAUUAAACAACCCAAUAAGAGGAGAUGGUGGACAACAACAAUACACAGAAACAGAACAAAGCAAAGCAUGGAAAAUGUAUUUGUAGAAUUGUUAUAUGAACCUUCAGGCGAGUUUGAAAAUUUUACUAGAAUGUCAUUAUCAGAUUUUGAAUAUUUACUCACUUUAAUUUCACCUAUUAUUUCAAAACAAGAUACUCAACUGAGAGAUUCAAUCCCAGCUAAGAUAAGACUAGCAAUUACGCUACGAUUUUUAGCUACAGGUGAUAGUUAUAAAAGCCUUCACUUUUUGUUUAAAGUAUCUAGCCAAAUAAUAUCAAAGAUUGUACCAGAAGUAUGUGCAGCAAUCAACCAAGUUCUUAAAAAUGAAGUGAAGGUAAAAAUAUUAUAA